AUGUCAGACCCCCCCAACAACACCCAAACCACGUUUAGUGGCGGCGACCCUCCUGCCGACAAUAAUUAUACCGACAAUAAUAAUGAACAGACUAAUAUUAAUGAUAUGCAAAAAAUUAUUGCUGUUGAACUGAAGGAGAAAGAAAGUUCUCAUUCCAGAGGACCUCAUUCUCAUGAAGCUCAUCACAUCAAACCCUCGACAAAAAUCCAAAAAAAUAAUGAAAAACCAGACUCCCAUAAAAAAAUUGAAACUAUCCACAAAAAGCUUGAAUCGAAUGAUAAGCAUAAUGCUUCUUCAAACCACGAAACCCCCGUUGAAACCCCUAUUGUGAAUGUUGGUCCAACCUUGAACCCUACCUUUGACUCUUCACCAGAUGGUGGUGAUGUGGAAAUUGACGCAACACCAUCACGUGACAUGGAUGUUCUCAUGCCGGAUGCAAAUCCAUUUGGUGAUAAUUCUGAAGCCUGGGAAUACAUCUUAAAACUUAAGGAUGUAUUUCUGGUUGAAUUGUCUAUUGUUAAAGAAGACUUGAGUAUUACAAUUGAAGAUUGGGAAAUAAAAUUUCAAAAUCUUGAACUUAAAAACAAUGAGUUAGCUAAACAACUCAUUGCUUUGACCGAAAAGCUUAAAGCUUCAGAAGGACAAGUGAAUUCUCUUCGCUCAGAACUUGAUGUUUUGAGAAACAAUCAGGUCCACACAGAAGUUAAACAUGUAAUGUUUGAAAAACUUAAAAAGGAAGUUAAGGAUAAUAAGGAUCAUUGCGAUAAAGUGAAACAUAAAGCUGAUGAAAUAGCUAAGAUGACUCUCCAAGAUUUGUCUCAAGAAAAAGCAAGAAACAAAAGAAUUAUCGACACUGAAAUCAAGGAAUUCAAAGAAAUGACCAACAAUCUUGAGAAAAGAGUUGAUAAUAUGGAAUACAAAGUUGGAACUAUUUCAACUAAGGCUGAUUUAACUACCAAAGAACUUAGCUACGCAAAAAAGGAAAUCAAGAGCGCGGUAAGAAAAGUCGACACUUUGCCUUUUGCUUUGACCCCUAAAACUCCAAAUGGAGCAACUCCAAAGUUGAAAGACAUUAUGAAGGCUCAAAAACAACACCGUGAAACUAAAGUUGAUGAAGACAAACCCACUUUUAGAGUGUGCAUAAGAAUUCCAGAUACCAUGAAAAGAGUUAAUAUCCCUGCGAUUGGAAAGAAAAUUGAUGCGGUUGCACAAAAGCCGGUGGCUCAGGAAAUAGGCUAUACUGUCAAAGGGCAUUUAUAUGUUCAACUUAAUGACAAAGAUUUUGCUGAUAAAGCUGCAGAAUGGAUCCCCAAAGUUGACCCUACUUAUUCAGUGCUUGACACAGAUUCUUGGUACAAGGCUGUACUUCAGGAAAUACCUAAUACGGCAUCGAUUGAAGACUUGAAAGAAACUCUCUACAAUUUUAAUGAUUACCAUAUUGUUUUGAAUACCGAACCCAAAAUCAUUAGCAGAAACCAAUUUACCCAAACAGCAUUGGUUUCAUUCAGAAAUGCCCAAGACUAUGCAAAGUGUGCUGAUAAUCUUAUUAUCCAGUACACAAAAGUUAAAGUUAGACCUUUUAUUAGCAGAAAAAAAACUCCUGAAGAACUCCAAGCUAUGCGUAAUAAGAUACGAUUAUUGAAAAAUGAAUCAGACAAAAAGGAUAAUGAGGCCCAUCCUGUUUCCACUGACGACUCACAAGAUGAACCGAUGAAAGAAACAAAUAUUGAAGAACUAGAUGAAUCAAUGAGGAAGAAAACGAAAACAAUUCUAUUACAUCCAAUGAAUUAUAAAAUAAAAAAAGAACCUGAUAUCUUGUUAUUACAAGAACCUUACUUUAACAACUAUGGGCCCAUUAAACAUAAAGAUUGGAUCCCAAUCUUUACAGAAACUGGAAAAGAAAAAAAUAAAUGCAGAGCAAUUACUUACAUUAGGUCUAACUCUGACUUACGAGCAUUAACUACUAAAAUUGAAAAGUUUACAAAUCGAGAUAUGGUUACCAUUUUGGUUAAAGACAUUACAAUUGUCAAUGUCUAUAAUCAACCGAAACCAUCCAAGAAAUACCCUGAGCCACCGGUUUUUGAGUUUCUCAAACGGGAGAUCAAGGAACAAUACUCAAAGAUUGUCAUUGCAGGUGAUUAUAACUUACAUCACAAGGAAUGGGAGUCAAGGGCAGGUCCGAAUACGGAAGCAGAUGAAGUUGUUGAGUGGCUACAUGAAAAUGAUAUGAUAAUUUCAUUUAGUGGAGUGGAUGAAAAUACACUAAGUGAUCACUCAAUUGUGGAGUGGGACAUUUAUAUGUCUCAGAGUAAAAACGGGGAUGAAGUUUUUACUUCGGUGAAGAGAUUGAAUAUUAAGAAUGCAGAUUGGGAAAAGUUUGACAAGGAGCUUUCUUCUGCCAUUAAAGAUUUUAAUGUGCAUAACAAAACUCUAAAAUCAACUGACCAAAUUGAUGACCAAGCUAAAGUUCUUGAGGAGGUUGUAAAAGAGCAAUGGCAAAAAGAUGGAACUCUCACUACUACUGUUGACGAAAAAAGACAUGAAAUAUGGAAGGCACUUCUACCUGAAAUUGAUCAUGGUCUUGAUAGAGAGUUUGAAAUUGAUGACGAUUCUCGAUGGCCAAAAUUAGAGUUUGAUGAAGUUGACUCUGCAUUGGCUGAUACCCCAAAUGAUAAAGCUCCAGGAGACGAUGGAAUUACUGGCAAAGUUUUAAAGAUGGCAUGGCUAAAUAAAGACUUUAAGGAAAGGUUUUCAAGCUUCUCCAAGCUUGUGUAA